AAGGACGAUUUUUUCAAACCGAAAUGCAAGUUGUAUGCAAUGAAAUUAGACAUCGUGUAAAUAAGUACGAAAAAAGGGAUAAAAAUUUUGAAAACAACACAAAGAAAAUUUUUUUAAGCGUAGUACCGUCAAAAUUAAAAUUUACCUUUGAUUCUGACAAUUUUAAAGUUCAAGAAAAAAUAAUCGAAAUCACAAACUACUUUUCUAAACCAUGUCCGAUUCUAUUGAUACCACUGGAAAGUCAAUAUUUUCGAAUUGCAAAUGUCUUUCAGAGACAGUGGCUCAAUCCUGGAUCCGUUUUAAAAAUAAAUAUUUUAUUUAUACCUGACGAAAACAGAGAUUAUAACGACGUAUUAAAAAUUCGCUAUUUCAAUAAUCAAUUAAUGGAGAUAAAAAUUUUCGCCAAAAUUGUGACGAUAUUUUCUUUUCCUAGCACUGUAAGUUUUGGAAAUGUACCUCUUGAUCAACCGGUUUGUUACAAAAUACCGAUACAUUCUCAUUCGAAGAAAGAAUUCUCGUUCGUGAUUUUGCCAUCUAAGGAAAACUCGUGUGUCGACAUUUAUCCUCGUUGGGGUCGUGUAAAAGCAAAUCAAGAACCUCUGAUAAUCAUGAUAAUUUAUAGACCACUUCGAUACAUAAGUAUGCAUUUUCAAAUUCGAAUAUUUAUAUCCGAUUUAUGUAAAACUCCACAUAUUAUAAAUUUUUAUGCGUAUACUAGACCAGGCCUUUUACGGUGAGAAUUCUUGUAGACAUAAGUUUAGUUUGUUUGAAA